UUUCUCCUUGUUUCUCGUUUGCUUUCCAAUAAACUUUCUUGAAAUAUUGUUCAGAAACUCUGUUAAUGUGAGUUAAGGUAUCUAUUUACAGUGUCAUUGUGCAACAGUCCUGUUAUUUUGAUAAAGUUAUUGGGGAAAUUGUUGUUAUUCUUGGUAUUUAGAAACUUUAGUGUCAUACAUUUGGGUCUUCAUCAAUUGCAAAAUGGGCUUCUGAUGUCUUCAAUAUUGUCCAGGAAUUAAGUGGUGGUCAGAUAUAUUUAUGUAGUACAUGUGCUUGAUUCUUGAUUUUGAUGGGUUGGAUGAGUGAAAUGCUUUUCUUUGUUACUUUGCUAUGUGGAUUGUCAACCCAUUAAGAAUUUAUCGAUGAAAAGUUCACUUAUUCAAAAAAAAAAUUAUUUUGAUUUUCUGAUUCUGAAAAUAUGAAAAGUUCGCUUAUUUUAGUCCUUGCUUGCGCUUAUUUUAGUCCUUGCAUGCACCAUGGGGGAGCAAAUUAUGUAACAAAAUCCCUCGUUGCCCAGUUGCAUUCUGAAGUCUUUUGGUGGUUCAGUGGUUGAUGUACCUUUGGAACUUUUAGGUUGAAUAUGUGGUUUUUAAGUUGAGCUGAUAAAUCGAGCAUCCAUUGCUCAGUGGUUUAUGUACCUUUAGAAAGAGACUGAUGUUGCUUUCAGGCAGUUUGUGGUUUUUAAAUUGAGAAACUUAUGAGAAACCAUUUGAAAAUUUAGCUGAUUAGCUUGGUUAGUUUGAAACCAUUGAGAAACUUAUCUCCAUCUUUCAUUUCAAGUCUAUAUCUAAGGUUAUAGGAGUGUGGUCUCUCUUUUUCAGAAUUGUUAGUUCCUUAUUGUCUAUACUUCACAUUGGUUGAUCGAGUACCUGAUAAAGGUUGAGGAAGGGAAGGGGGAAUGGAGGACAACCAGGUGUUUCCAUUUUGAAAUUGGUUUGAGUCAAUCUAAAGCGAUGGAAAUGGUUGAAAGAUGGUUUCCCCAUACUUAGUAGCUCAGCAGAGGAUUAAAGGAGAGUGACAAUAGCCUCUGUAUCACUUAUUAAUCCACGUCGGAUUGAGAGAAUGGCAGCCUCACUGAGAUGGGUGCUGCAGCUACACAAGGACGUGCCAAAAGCAGCAAAGCUCUACUCAGAGGGAUUGGGCUUCACCGUCAACGUGUGCACUCUCCGUUGGGCUGAACUUGAACUCCAACCAGGCCCUCUCAAGCUUGCACUUUUGCAGUCUCCCACUUCCAGUUUGCAGAAGGGGUACUCAUCACUACUAUCCUUCACAGUAACCGACAUUAGUAGUACAGUGACAAAACUAAUGGCUUUGGGUGCGGAGUUAGAUGGUCCAAUCAAAUAUGAGAUUCAUGGAAAGGUUGCUGCUAUGAGGUGUUUGGACGGCCACAUGUUAGGCCUUUACGAACCAGCCUGACGGCAUCCAAGGACCGCUUGCCUGCGUCAAAUCAUGCUUAACGAUUUUCUUAUAUUGCCAUGUUGCAAAAAAAUUGCUGCUCAGUGAAAAAUACCAAUUUUUCAUUGGCGUAGGAUUUAUGGAUGGUAAUCUGCUUUCUGAAAGCUACCACAGAAGUGAGAUAGUUGAAGGGCAUUUUGCACAGCUGAUUUUUGGUGCAUUUGACAUGUUUGUGGUAAGUGUCUCAAUGAAAAAUGGCAUGAGAUUGCACAGAGAAUUUGCCAGCUCUUCAACUUGACUGGAAUUUAUCAGAGGGAUUUGCUUAUGUGGUUGUUUAGAUGAUGAUACAUCUAGUCUUUAACUUUGAUUUUAAUCUGCAAGCUGAAGACUUGUAUCACUACACUCAUGUCCCCUAGUACCAGCUGGUAGGAAUCUAACAUCAUACAUGAUGGUAGCUAAGAGAAUAUAAAUGCCAUUUGAAAAUUGUUAUUUGCUAAAAAUGAGUUCUUUUUUGUUU